GUUUUUUCAACCAGGACUGAUCAACCACGAGCCAUGACUGAUGCCAAGAACGACCCAAGCUUUGCCGGCAUUUCAUCGAAGAAUCGAGCCACCGAAAACUGGCCGUGGGUGGAGAAGUAUCGCCCGUCGUCGCUGGACGACCUGAUUGCCCACGCCGACAUCAUUUCCACGCUCAACCGAUUGAUUGAUGCUCAAAAGCUGCCUCACUUGCUUUUCUACGGUCCUCCUGGCACUGGGAAGACGUCUAUGAUCCUGGCUGCGGCACGACGGUUGUACGGGAACAACUAUGCGUCCAUGGUCCUCGAACUCAACGCGUCCGACGAUCGCGGCAUCAGCGUCGUGCGCGACCAGAUCAAAGAAUUCGCAGGCACGAAGAAGUUGUUUUCGUCCGGGAUCAAGUUGAUCAUUCUGGACGAAGCCGACGCCAUGACCAACGACGCGCAGUUUGCGUUGCGCAGAGUGAUUGAAAAGUACACCAAGAACGCGCGCUUCUGCUUGAUCUGCAACUACGUGAGCAAGAUCAUUCCCGCGCUGCAGUCGCGCUGCACGCGCUUCCGGUUCUCCCCGCUCGCGGAACAUCAAGUCAAGGACCGCGUCGAGCAUAUUGCCAAGCUCGAAAAUGUCGACAUCACGCCCGAUGGGUUCCGAGCGGUGCUGCGUCUGGGCGACGGCGACAUGCGGCGCAUUUUGAACAUUCUGCAGGCCACCAACAUGGCGCACGACGUCGUCAACGAAACCAACGUGUACUUGUGCACGGGGAAUCCAUUGCCGUCGGACAUGGUGGCCAUGUGCAAUUGGCUGUGGACGGAAUCGUUUGAAGCAUGCGUGCGGCAGUGCCUGGACCUGCAGAAGCUCAAGGGGUAUGCAACCAUGGACCUGCUGCAGCAAAUGUACUUAAACGCAAACGAACUCGAGCUGCCGCCCCACGCCCGCAUGUACAUCUACGACCAGCUCGCCCAUCUCGAGCAUCGCUUGGCCACGGGAACGUCCGAGACCAUCCAGCUCAUAUCCCUCGUCUCUAUAUUUAUCGCAGCUCGAAAACUCAUCUCUGACAACCCGUCGUCGUAGGAGUCUUUGAGUAGUAGUAAACAUCACGACGUCAAUAUAAAAAAUAUUUUUCAAAUAGAAUA